AUGUCUGCAUCGGGUGAAUUUGGUAACCCUUUACGCAAAUUUAAGCUUGUUUUCCUUGGAGAGCAGAGCGUUGGGAAGACUUCGCUGAUCACUAGGUUCAUGUACGAUAGUUUCGACAACACUUACCAGGCGACAAUCGGCAUCGACUUCCUGUCGAAGACUAUGUAUCUAGAAGACCGCACGGUGCGACUCCAACUGUGGGACACUGCAGGCCAGGAGCGCUUCCGCUCGCUCAUUCCUUCCUACAUUCGAGAUUCAACUGUUGCGGUCGUCGUAUAUGAUAUUACCAGGCGAAAAGAUUUGAAGGAAAAUCCAAAGGAAGUUUACCAAAAAACACUGAAAAAAGGUGAAAAUAUAUCACGUUUUCAAGAAAGUGUACACAUCGGAAAGUGGAAAGACAAACGACCAUUAAUGUACAUCACCACAGAAUAUGAAGAAAGAGUGGUGCCAGUUGUCAAUAAACGUGGCCAGAUCAGUGAAAAGCCAGAAGCUAUUGCAAAACAUAAUGUGUUUAUGUCUGGAGUUGAUAGACAAGACCAGUUGCUCGCAUUUUAUCCAUGUGAACGAAAAACACUACGUUGGUAUCUGAAGUUAGCGAUCCAUACCUUUCAACUUCUUUUCAUAAACUCAUACAAAAUUUAUAACAAAUAUUCUGGCCAACCGAAAAUGACACUCUAUGAUUACCGUUUAUCUGUGAUAAAUGAGCUGUUACCCGAAAACAAUACUUCAGUGGUUGCUGGUUCAAGCAGACCUAGAACAAGUAGAGAAGUGCUGCACAAAAUCAGUAAAAUUACUGAGAGAAAUUCCAAAGAAUUUCUUAACACAAAACACAACAAAAACACAAAAAAAAAACGUAAAGACUCUAUGUGGCAUUGCGAAAUGUGUAAAGACAAACCUGGUCUAUGCUAUGAAUGUUUCGAUGAAUACCACUUGUCCAUCUAA